UGUUUUAAGCCAGUGCUGUGCGAGCAAUAUGACACUUCUGCAACCUUCUCUUUCUGCCAUGCUAAACCUGAAAGGGUCUUGGAAAUGGCACUGGGGAGUUCAGUCCCUGAACAGCACCCCACAGCUGUGUCCUACUUGUUGGCACAGAAGUGCUUGCCCAGUCAGGCCAGGUGGGACAUUAAAUAUCAGUAUCAGUGCAAUUAGUAAGCAUAUAACAUUAACAAUUAUCACUACCAAAUAUAGAGGUGACUCUGCAAUGAAUGCCCAGGAAUGAAAGUGAUAUGGUUUAUUUUUAGAUUUUUCCCUUUUGGGACCAAUAUUUUAAAAUCAUCUGGAAGACCUGAUGCAUUUUAUUAAUGCAGAGAUAUUUCUUUCCCUUGUGUAAUUCCCUGAAAGGCAAAUCAGAAAUAAAAUGACAUUAAACUUGGAAAAGCUCUUUAUUUCCCAGAGGCUGUAGCCUACUUCAAAUGGAAAAUACUGUUAUCAGCUUUUCCUCUUUCCAGUUUCAACAAUAGACUGGCAGUAGUCUUACCUCAAACCUUCCCUCUGAACAACCACAAAAAAUAAGCCUCUAAUAGUUCUGUCAGAACAACAGGCUGUUUCCCCUUCUUAUAUCUGUGCAUCUUGAUUUCUUUUGUUCCAGACAAUUUUGGAUGUAGCACUUUAAAGGCAAGAGAUCUGUCAAAACUCCCAAAAUCCAGACAUCUCAGAAGGUUUGCACCAUUCCAUCCCAGCCUCCUCAGCCUACUGUUGCUCCAAAGCCAGUUCAGUCUGUCAUCCAUGUUCCAUUGCAACCAAGCUGCCCGGGCCGAGGCAAGAUGGCAAAGCUCAUCAAUCCAGAAGAGAUGACAUCCAGGGAUUAUUACUUUGACUCCUAUGCUCACUUUGGAAUUCAUGAGGAAAUGUUAAAAGAUGAAGUGCGCACAUUAACUUAUAGAAACUCAAUGUAUCACAAUAAACAUGUUUUUAAAGAUAAGAUUGUCCUCGAUGUUGGAAGUGGCACGGGAAUCCUCUCCAUGUUUGCUGCAAAGGCAGGAGCCAAGAAGGUAUAUGGGAUUGAAUGCUCAAGUAUAUCUGACUACUCAGAAAAAAUUAUCAAGGCCAACCACUUGGACAACAUAAUCACAAUAUUUAAAGGUAAAGUGGAAGAAGUUGAAUUACCUGUGGAUCAAGUAGACAUCAUCAUCAGCGAGUGGAUGGGUUACUGUCUGUUCUAUGAGUCAAUGUUAAACACAGUCAUCUUCGCACGAGACAAGUGGCUGAAACCUGGAGGGCUAAUGUUUCCAGACCGAGCUGCUUUGUACGUGGUAGCAAUUGAAGACAGACAGUACAAGGACUUCAAAAUUCACUGGUGGGAGAAUGUGUACGGCUUUGACAUGACCUGUAUUAGGGAUGUUGCCAUGAAGGAGCCCUUGGUGGACAUAGUAGAUCCAAAGCAAGUGGUGACCAACGCCUGCUUAAUAAAGGAAGUAGAUAUUUAUACAGUGAAGACAGAAGAAUUGGAAUUUACUUCUGCAUUCUGCCUCCAAAUUCAACGCAAUGAUUACAUUCAUGCCUUGGUCACCUAUUUUAAUAUUGAAUUUACGAAGUGCCACAAGAAGAUGGGAUUUUCUACAGCACCUGAUGCUCCUUAUACUCACUGGAAGCAAACUGUCUUCUACUUGGAGGACUAUUUAACUGUGAGACGAGGAGAAGAAAUCUAUGGGACUAUAUCCAUGAAACCAAAUGCAAAAAAUGUGCGUGACCUGGAUUUCACAGUAGACUUGGAUUUUAAAGGACAGCUAUGUGAAAUGUCAGUAUCUAAUGACUACAAAAUGCGUUAGCAAGAGACCUCUCAGAGAGAUGAAAAGGUGAAUUUUAUCAAGUCUUGAACUGCUGAGCUUCAAGCUAGGAACAACUGUUCACAAGAUUAUUAUAUUAAAUACUAGAAUGUUUACUCUGAUGGAGGGUGGUAACCUGAUCUUUCUUGCAGAUAGUACAGGGGGCUGGGAUCCCACUGUGAAUGUACAGUAUACAGAACUGUAGCUUUUGUUAAACAUAGGAAAAAAAUAAGCAACAGUCUUGAGUGUUCUGGUUAACUUUAGGGUGGCAGAAGAUGCUUAUACAAAUUGUAUUACUUACUGUGAAUUUCUGGUUCUUCCAAGCUUUGCAUGUUAAAGAUGAUUAGGGCAGUUUUCUCACUAUGAAAGACUACUACAGCACAUUACUGUGAUAGUAUUACUGGACUUAUAUUCAAUAUAAAUGAAUAUAUAUAUUGUACAUGCGGAAAAAAAAGUCACUUCAUAAUAGGAAUUUGUUUUGUGAUUCUUUAAUUCUCAUUACGCAGUUAUGGAAAGAUAAUGAUGUUACCUCUGGCGCUACUCUAGGCAGUGAUAUAUUCCAUUAACUGUCCAAUGUUAUAGCUUUGGUAAAUAUUCCAUGCAAAGUGUAGAUAAGAGCUGGGCAUUUACAGGAAGUUCAACAACUAUAUUUUUGAAUGUCCUCUGAAAAUGUGGACCAUUAGUUUUGAAAUUCACCUUCACAACUGGAUGUCUGUCAGAGCUUUAAAAAACAUUAGCUUUUUAUCCUUGAAAAUAUUCUGUGGUGAGUUUUUAUAGCUGGAUUUUGCAUGAGACUUUCAGAAAUCAGACACCUAGUAUUUAAAUGUGAUGAAUGCAAAGUCUCUGAAAUGGUGGAUAAUUCAUGCUUCUUGCCAUGCCAUAUUUCAGUUCUUUGCAAAAUUCUUAAUACAAAAUAAUUUUUAAAAAAUAGGAACUAGUGUUACCUUUUGGUGAUGUUUUAGAUAAGUUUUAAAUUGCAAAUAUUAUUCUCAAGAGUGCAGUAAUUUGCAGGAGCAAGUCAAUGUCUUAAAAAAAAAAAAAUGUCGAUGGCUUCUGAUAUUACCAAGAUGUCUGUAGCUUUCCGGUCCCCUUGAGUCCCUUGUUUUUCGUACAAAAUCUCCUGCUAAUUGUUAAAAUAUUAAGUGCUUAUAAUUCCUCAUAUAUAUGUAUCAGGUCUUUUUACUAUAUGAAUGUGAGCCAUUUAACCACAUGUAAUUCAUCAACAACUGCAUCACCAGUCCUAUCGACACAUUUUCCAGUCUGUCUGGCAUUAGGCACUAAAUCAUGUUCUAUCUUGUACUGGAUAAGAUUGACUAGUUUUUUGCCUAAAAAUAUUUUUAAUCACCUGCAAAUAAAGCAUACUUGAAGAUGUAUUUUGCCAGUAUUUGUCAACUUCUCGCUUUUUAGAAACCGAUUUCUAUUGAUUUUCCCUCCACAGAAACUGUACAGUGCCUCCAUUUUCUUAUGGUCUAAAGAAUAUGAUCUGGGGAUUUUAUCAAAUGGUAUCUAUGUAGAGUGAAAUUAAACUGUAAUUCAGCAGUAAACGA